AUGUUAGAGCUCUCCCAUUUGUCUCCCUCCCACCUCUCUCUCUUUCUAUCUCGCUUACAUAGGAUGACAUGGCUAAACAAAGGAUUCUAAAACCUUCUUUUCACGGAUAAAGAAGGAAACACUAAAAAAACACACAAACCACUCUCUCUCUCUCUCUCUUUUUCGUGCAUCGAGAACCCUUUCACCUUCCAACGUUUCAAAACCCUGGAAGAGCUAGGGUUUCGACCCUUUUCGCACUCGAAUUCUGCACAACCAGCUUCGAAUUUUCUCACCAAAUGACUCUUAUCAGCUUCGCCGCGUGACACCCUCUUUUCUGAGACAUCUUCGUAGGCACGCCGUUCCUGAGUUGUUGAGCCCCAUGUGAGUGGUUGUUUCGCUUCAUAAUUUCAUGAUUCUUCUCUUCCAAUUGUUCUUCGAUCUUCUCGUUGGGCAGCUACGUUUGAUAAUAUGAUGAUCGGUAUGACCAGUGGUUGAGCUCAGCUCCAUUUCACCUCCGCUUUUGAUAUCAUCUUCGUGUCCACCGGUUCCUUCACUUCAGGUUUCUUUGCUUCAGAUCUCAUCUCAUUUUGGUGCUGUUCCAUUGGUUUUGCAAGAUGGAUGAGAGUGUCGUGGGGGAUGGCAACCAUACAACAAUCGAUUUAACUCCUGUAGUCAAGUCUUGUAUUCCGCUAAUUGAAUCCCAACCUAGUGAGCUAGACAGUGCUGAUAAAAAGCAUGAGACAGAUAGAUGUGGGCAUUUUUCAAUCCGUGGUUAUGUUGCUGAGGUUCGUAGAAAAGACCGGAAGAUUUGUUGGCCAUUUCUGACUGUUGAUAACUCUAACAAAUUGGAGGAACAAACACUUCCCCCUCUGCAUGUUCCUGAAUUCAGAUGGUGGUGCUGCCAAAAUUGUCUGAGGAAGAUUGAAGCCAAGGAAUCUCCAAUAGAAACUGGAGUGCUUACAAAUUGUUCCAAUUUAGCAUGCAGAACCAAAACUACUACUUCACCUGGAGUCCCUUUCACAUUGUCUUGUGGUGAUGCUCAAAAGUUGCAUUCUGGCUUUCAACAAUCUUCUGAAGUCAACAUAGUUGAUGGAAGGAAAUUCAGUUCAGAUGUUUCUCUUCAUGCUGGUAAUGCUGAACAUUGGCCAGCAUUAUUUGGGAACAGAAAAGAAAAGGGAGCUGAAGUGGAGCACACAGUCGCAAAAGAUAGUCAUAGAUUGACUGAUGGUAUCCCAGAAGAUAACCUGAACCUGGCAAUUUGUAAACCUACCUGCAGUCCAAAUAUAGAGGAUACCGGCCUAGAAGGAGUAAACUUUAUGAAAGGAGGAAUUCUUAGUACCAAUUUUCAAAUUUGCAAGAAGGGAUGUGAUUUAUCUUCAAAUGAAACUGCCAUUGCUUCUCUGUCCAACUCUAGUGAAAAGAGAGUUCUGGGAGUUGCCUCUCUCAAAUCAAAGGGUUAUGAAUUGGUUAACAGUACCAAUGAAAUAUUUCACAAGGAAUCUGCAACCGUCAAAUCAAAAGGUGACGAAUUGGUUAACAGUUCCACAGAAAUAUUUCACAGAGAAAAGCCAGAAUUUAGCAGGACCAAUUUAGCAAAAAUCAAUGGGGAACACAAGGAUGUAGUGACUUCUUCUGUGAUAUCUGAGGUAGAUAAGGAGGCUUCAAAUGCUGUAAUGUGUCAAACUACAAACCUUCAUACCAUGGUAUCAAUUGAUAGUUCUAAUGAAAGUGAUGAGGAUUUAUCUGGAGAACAUGUUCAAGAUCAAUAUCAUGCAAGUGAGCAUGGCAAUUCAGGUGACACUUCACAUGGGAGCAAGCCAAGAAAGUUGCGCUUGUUGACUGACAUAAUAAGAAGAGAGGGGCUUGUCGCAUCGGAUAACCUUCAUGACACCGAAAGAGAUGCAACAACUGGUUGCAUGAAGACAGUAGGUGCUCAAUCUAAAGCAACAAUGGAUGCACCCUCUGGGAUGGCUGUAGAUCCUGUUACCAACAAUCAAAUGGCUUUCCAAGGAACUGAUAAAAAGGUUAUGCUGGGUAAGAAAAAGAAACUCAUGCUUCCAUGGGAUCAAGAUGAGGGGACUGCCAAAAUGGGUAGGCAAAGUGGAGCAACUGAAAAUAUUAAAAUCCGUAUGGAAGAUUCUCAAAUUAAAAACACGGAUAAUUUAAUUGCUAAUGGUAAACUAGCAGGAGAUGCAUCUCUCCUGAUAGGUUUACUUCCUGGUUCUAAAAGUUUUUUGGGAAAGCAUAGAAAUGGCAAAAAACUUAUCCUGGGUAAGGAGGAAAAAGAUAUCUCUCAGGUUGAAGAUAGUUUGUCUUCCUUGUUACCUCGUUACGAGGUUAUUUCCAAAGAAGUUGAAGUUAGGAAAGAUGCAAAAAUCAAGUGUAUGGGAUCUGAACAUGUUUCCGUUAAACCAUUACAAGAUGGAGUUGCAGGGAAAGAUUUUAAUUCGGGGGCCCAAAGUUGUGUGGCUGCAGAACAAAAAGGACAAAAUCUUGUUCUGGAGAAGAAGAAAAGUAAGGUGCCUCAAGUUGAAGCUGAGAAGUCUCCUGUAAUUCCUUGGCAAGAGGGCAUACCACACAAAGAUCUGAUCAUAAAGAGAUGCCUUGACAGGAAGCGCAAGAUUGCUACGGGUGCCCAAAGUGUUGUGGCUGCAAAACAAAAGGGACAAAAUAUUGUUCUGGAUAAGAAGAAAAGUAAGGUGCCUCAAGUUGAAGCUGAGAAGUCUUCUGUAAUGCCUUGGGAAGAGGGCAUGCAACACAGAGAUCUGAUCAUGAAGAGACACCUUGACAAGAAGCACAAGAUUGCUCCAUCUAAUGGUUUGAAAUCUGCUCGAGGUCCAUGUACUGGAAGAGGUAUCCAUCGUGGUCUCAAACAUCAUAUGCAGACCCAUAGAAAGGGUACUCUGAAUAAGAAGCGAAAGCACUUGCCUCAAGUUGAAUGUAGGGUUACAGUCCCUGGUGAAAAUGGUACUUCUUUCAUUUUCCAACCAAAGGAUUCCUUUAAUGCAUGUAAUUAUGAGAAUGCCACUAAUGUUGCGGAGCCUUCGAAACUUUCAAUAGAACAAUGUGAUCAAGUGGCCGAUAAGAUAUCCGAACAGGCAGCUUCGGAUGAUAUACCCAUGGAAAUUGUGGAACUCAUGGCCAGAAAUCAGUAUGAGAGGCGUCUUGAUUAUGCCAAAGAUGCUACAGAGAACAGGUAUUCCUUGUCAGAAACAACUGAGAAAGUUACAGAUUCUGGGCUAAUGGAUUCCACUGAGGCUUUGAGAUUACUCCGUGAGAAUUCUAACUUGCAGAAGUCUCAGUCCAGCAAAGCAAAAGAUGGCAUGUUUUCAGGUCCAAGUGAGGGACUCACCAAACAAAAAUCAGAUGCCUGCCCGUCUAGUUUCGAUGGAAAAUACAACAGCAUGAAUUUCAGUACAAGCCGACUAGAACAAGCUCAGGCCUCUAGUGGAUUGAAGGCUUUUUCAGAGCAUCAAGGAAAGCUACCAAGUCAAGUCCAGUUUCCUGUCAUCGGUUCAAGAAGAAGCUAUGGUACUGAAAAUUGUACUUGGGAUGGUGAUAUGGUUGGGCAAAGAUGCUUCAAUACCUCUGCUCAGUCCUCAGGUGCAUAUCAUACUUCUCAGGUAAUUUUGCCACAAAGUUCAUUUAUGGAAGCACAACCUGUUUGGUCCUCAGGCCCAAAUCGAGUGCCUUUUGAAUCUAAUAGCCCUCAGAAGUUGGUUACUGGAGUGAGUAAUUCAAACAGACUUUCUCAAUCCCCUGAUCCAUUGCCUAAGGGAUAUGUUAACUGGGAAACGAACGAGGGGGUACAUCCAGAUUAUCUAUUUGCUUGCACAGACAAGGGAAAUGUAUAUUAUCCAAAAAUGAGAGGGCCAUUAGAUCUAUAUGCUAAUGAGACAUUAUCAGCAAUGUAUUUGCUCAAACUCAUGCAUGCAGGAGUGUGCUCAAGUAGUCCCCUUAAUAUGAAUGAUAAUCCAGAGAGGUUCCCUAAAGAUCCUCCAUUUCCCCAUGACCAGAUUAUCAGUGAAUUGACUGUGGCAGAGGCUAGUGUGUCCAAGUCCGACAGGGAAUUGGUCAACAUACCUUCAUGUGAUUUCCAUGGUAAACUCCAUCAUCUAGGAAAACCACACGAACGUUUUCCUCCAGUUUCUAUUGCCAAACCUGUUGAUUCUUCAGCACCGAAGGACGUUAUUAUUCAAAGGACCACUGGGUUCACAGGUGGUUUUUUAACUAAAACAAUGCCUCGUUCCCUAAAACAUCAAGCAAGAGAGGGCAAGAAAAGAUCAUAUUCACCUGUACAAACUCGAGGCCCCAAAUUACACAUGUCUGCCUCAAUAGAUAAUCCUACAAGUGAAAACCAUAAAUAUGUGAUCCAUGAUCUGAAGAAAGGGUUUCUAUGUCUGCAAGCUUCAGAUUUUACAAAAUUUCCUGAACAAUCUCAGACAGAGGAAGGUUCAAGCAAACAUGUUCAGCUGAAGAUCAGUAGAAUAGAUGAAACAAUUUCACCUGUGGAAAGAAUAAGUAGGAUUGAGAGCUGCACAGUUAACAGAAACCCAGCCGACUUUACUGUACCAGAAGCUGGAAAUAUUUACAUGAUUGGACCUGCAGACCUGAAAUAUAAGAAGAAAAGACAAUCAAGGGAGAGUGGUGGCCUGAUUAAUAGGGAUGGGAAUAGGAGACAGAAAAAAAUGAAGCUUACAACAAUAAAGGAGCAGAAUUGCAUCUAUUUAGCCCACUCUGGUUGAGGCAAGAGCUUGCAGGCAGCAGACAGCAGACAGCAGACAGCAGUACCAUAACCAUUUCCUGGAUUUGGUUCUCAGUUGGCAGGAGUCAUGUAAAUGUUCUAGCAAAGUCUAUAAGAAUCUCUGCAGGUAUGCAUAACUGAACAGUAAAUUUCAUACUCACAUGCACCAAGUCUACUGAUCUUUGUUUAUGGUGUACCAUAUGUUCAAAGCUGAGAAUUUCGAGCUGUGCAGUGAAGCAGGUCAUUUGAAAUCUUAUUGGUUUCCAUUGUCUUUCAAAACUUUCAAGUUUCCACUCAGUUGUGGAUCUUCACAGUAUUUCUGUGUGUGUGUUCCUAGCACAAAUCAGCUAUUAAGGACACAGUCAAUAAUAAUCAUGUAUUAUCUAGUGGAAUCUUCAAUCUUUAAUAAUGACUUGUGUAUCUUUGUGUAA